CUCUGUCACACAUUAUAUAACUCCAAGUCUCCAACUCUUGGAAUAAACACUCGUUUAUAUCCGCCCAAAACUCAACCAACAAUGGCGGCAGCCACCGCUUCCACAGCCUCAUUCUCCUCCGCUCACCUCUUCCACUCCUCCUCCCUUAACCUCAAACAGCCUCUCUCCCUCUCCUUCCCAAACCACCGCCGCCGAUUUCCAUCUCACCCCCUUCGCUUCUCCGCCGCCCCCAAAAUCUCCGCCAUCAUCUCCGUCGGCGACAAGCUCCCCGACGCCACGCUAUCCUACCUCGACGCCUCCGACGAGCUCCAGACCGUCUCAAUCGCCGACCUCACCGCGAAUAAGAAGGCAAUUUUGGUGGCCGUGCCGGGGGCCUUCACCCCGACCUGCUCGCAGAAGCACCUCCCCGGAUUCGUCGAGAAGGCGGCGGAGUUCAGAGCGAAGGGCGUCGACACCGUCGCCUGCGUCUCCGUCAACGACACCUUCGUGAUGAAGGCGUGGAAGGCGGAUCUGAAGAUUGGGGAGGAGGUGUUGCUGCUCAGCGACGGCAACGGCGAUUUCACGAGGGCGAUUGGGUGUGAGCUCGAUUUGAGCGACAAGCCGAUUGGGCUCGGCGUGAGGUCGCGCCGCUACGCUAUGUUUGUGGAGGAUGGCGUUGUGAAGGUCCUCAAUUUGGAGGAUGGCGGCGCGUUUAAUGUUAGCAGCGCUGAGGAUUUGCUCAAGGCGGUUUGAGAUUGAAUUGAGAUUUCGUUUUUUUCUGAGUUUUUUUUAUGUUUAGGUUAUGAAAUUGAGAUGAAUUGUGUUUUUUCUGUUUUUGAGGAAAUGUGUUUGGAAUUUCAAUAAAUUGGUUUCGAUUUCUCGUUCA